AUGGGUGAGUCCCGAUACCUAUUCGUGGUCAAGGAUCCCAAAUCCCAGUCACUCUCCAGAAGCAGUGAUCAGGAGAGACGAUUGAUCCACCGUCAUGUCCAGAUCGGCAGCAUGCAUCGCCGGCGACUGUCGCUUCAUUCCAAAAUCCACAAGAGUGAGCAAUUGCCAUUCAUCCAAGUCAACCCGGGUAUCAAAGCUGGGACCAGCAAGAGACCUGAGAUACAAACCAUUCCUCGUGUGCCUGCAGACGAAUCGCACAUCAUCGACCCCUUUGUAUCGACCGUGGUCAAUGUGGAUCGCAAGGCCCAUACUCUGCUGCAGUAUUUCGUCCAUGUUUCUCAUCCUAGGACGUGGCAUUCGGAAGUGCAGAAUGAUCGCACCUAUACCUUUCAGAAGGACGUCUUCCCAUUGGUUAAGGGAUGUCUUGAGAACGAGGUACAUUUCUAUACCUUGUUGGCUUCCAUGGCCAGCCAAAUGCAGUACUUUGAGCUGAUGCACCGAGAUGAGACCACGAGUCAAAUGGCAACUAAAGCCAUCGUCGCCAUUCGACAGCAUCUCAGGUCUUCGCCUCCAAUUGACCAGAGGCUUAUAUUCGACAUUCAUCAAAUGGCGGUGACAGAUUUCUACCGAUAUGAACUUCAGUCGGCUCUCAUCCAUCUCACGGCAGUCAAAAGUCUUCUUUCGCAUUUAGGGGGCAUUGAACGAAUUGACCCUUCACUGCGCGAAUGGAUCGUGAUUGGGGAUGGCUACCUAGCAGCGGAGCUCCUUCAGAAGCCAGUGUUUCCUGCUUCUUGCUUCGACCCGGGCGACCUAGAACUGGUCCACGAGGAAAUUAUCAGUGACCAGACUGAUUCCACAGCGAAAUGGUUUCAGGAACCACGCCACUUUAGGAUUCUGCCAGCCCAAAUGUAUCAAGUGCUCCUGGAUUUGGGUGCGGUGGUGAAUGCCAUGCAGCAUCAAUCUGGAACACAAGCUUCAAACCCAAAUAAUCCUGCUGGAUCUAAGUCAACCCUUCAUUGGCUCCUUCUCCGAACAAGUGCACUCAGGCACCGACUUCUGGAACUCGAGACUGAUGAUGGUAAAGUGGACGCGGUUAGGAUUGUCUUGAUCGCAUGGCUAUUCAUGGUGAUGACCGUGACGGGUCGCCGUCGAACAUGCAGAGUCCUCGCCUCGAAACUGAAGUGUCGACUUGAAGCAAUGAGAAGCGAGGAUUGGGUUGGAUAUGGAGAGGUCCACCUGUGGGUGCUUCUUGUUGGCACCAUGUGUUGUGAUGGAAAUACUCGAGGAUGGUUUCUCACCGAGAUCCAGAAGGCAGAGCAUCCGGCUCACUGGGACUCGGGCAACGCGUACCGGGAAGACGAGCUUGUACAGUUGUGCAGCCGCUUUACCUACCUCGACACGUAUCUGCACACCUUGUUGCAAACUCUCACCAGCGAUUUGAACGCUUUAGGACCACUGUGA